AUGGGUUCGACUCAGUUCGGGAACUUCGACGACUUCUGUCGCGAUUCCACGCUACCGGUCUGCAAUCUCUUCGUUGAUUCCAAUCAGCCUCCCAAUGCAGCCUACGGCGGUUGCGCUCUCCGUGGAAUUGGACUUAGCGACGACCGAUAUCUUGCGAAUCUGGGGUCUAUUUUGCUCGCAUUUAUAGCUAUUCUUGUCUCAUUGCUUCUGAUAUGGCGUUCAGAUCGGAAACAAGCGGCCGUCGGGCGAAGAGAAAUGCAGAUAUUCUUGCUGGGAUUUAUUUUCGUCGAAAUCUGCGAAAUUUUCUCCGUUGGCGGCUUUCCUCUCGACGAUGAUGUUCGAAAGGGCUUCUCGGCAGCUCACGUUGCUGCAAUUACUGCGACAUGCUGGGUUCUCUUGCUGAAUGCGCUUGUUGGUUUUCAGUUCCUUGACGACGGAACUCCUGCUUCGAUGGGUCUUCUCUUGGUAUCCGGCUUGAUUCUCUUCGUUGGCACGGGAUACAUUGCUCUAGACACUGCUUUCGACUGGACCGGCGAGUUUGCGACGAACGCAGACAACGACUAUCGGAAUAUCGCCCUCUAUGUAUUAUACCAGCUUUUUCCCCUCGUCUGUCUGGUUGCGUUCUUCCUCUUAGAAACCUUCCUGGUCGUUCGUAUUCUGGGCGAGUUCCGUCCAAUGCUGUACCUUGCCGCCGCCGGGCUUCUGUUUGCCAUCGGACAAAUAUUCAACUACGUCGUCAGCACUCAUCUGUGCCAGGCAACUGACGGGAAGAUUAAUGGCGCCUUGUUCGAGACGCUCUUUACUCUAUUCUCAGUGGUUAUGCUCUGGGUAUUCUGGAGCAGUAUUACCGAAGACGACUGGCCUACGCCAUUGUCGCAGCCGAUGCCGGGGUACAACUAA